UAAAAAUUCUCUCUCCUCCUUAGUGCCAAAGCUUUGGUUCUCGGCACCAGCUGGUUUAAUAAGUGACAGUGUAUACGAUUGACCGACCGUACUAACCCACAUCCGUGCUCUUCUCGUGAAAGAAGUAUUGUACAACGCGCGGGUGGAGUGCACUGUGCAGUGCUGCAAACUGUUUUUUUUUCUUUCUUUUUCAAGUGUGCCAUAGGAACUUAAUAAUGAUUUUUAACAGGGGGAUUCCCCUGAGUUGGUGGCUCACAAUACUCCAAAUCAACCUAGGCUUAACUAUACAAUACACUCCAGUGGACCUCACGGGAAAUGGAGAUGGGGAAUGUGCCCUUCUUCUAAGUGGUCCUCCUAGAAGUAGUCACUUUGACUACUCCCUCAACUUACUCAGAGGAAGUCCGUUAGAAUAUAAUGGUCCACACACUUGCAUCACCUACGACGCUGUCAAUGCUGCGUAUCUUGAUGCCCGCAAAAGGAUACACAUUGCUCAACCACAUGGCGACUGGAAGCCUGAAGAUGUGGCAACUGUUGGUGAACUUCUUCUGGACAUUUCGAUAAAUCUGGCACGAACGUACGGUUUGAGUUAUGAAGACAUCGAGAAAGGUCUCCCUCUGAUUGACACUAGCAAGACUUUGAUCCGUGAGGUGUGCCCCCCUUAUUUGUCCAAUGUGGAAUGUCGUGCUGGCAAAUACCGACGAUUUGAUGGCCUUUGUAACAAUUUGGAGCACCCGACUUGGGGGGCCACCAACACUCCGUUUACAAGACUGAUCGGCCCCUUAUAUGCCGACGGCAUGACAGCCCCCCGCAUCAGCGUAACCGGAAGAAACCUUCCUCUAUCCCGUGUCGUCUCCCGCACUAUGCAUCCAGAUGAAGGUUUCCACGAUCACGCCGGUACCGUCAUGGUCAUUGCAUGGGGACAAUUUAUCGACCAUGACUACACUCUCACUGCAACUCCAUUAGACCCUCUAAAUCGAAACGACCCCGAAGAGUGCUGCCACAGACCGCCCCACCUUAAACACCCCUACUGUAACGAAAUAAUCAUCCCCGAAGACGAUUACUUCUACCGAUUAUUCAACGUAAAAUGCUUGGACUUUGUUCGUGCUUUCCCGGCCGCUAGACCUGGUUGUAGACUCGGUUCCCGAGUUCCAUACAACACUUUAACUGGUGUUCUCGACGGUAACACCGUAUACGGAGUUACGGAAAAAUUCGCACGGAAAUUAAGAACCGGAUACGGUGGUCUUCUCCGAAUGAACCCAGCCUUUGAAGAGUACGGACUUAAAGACUUGCUCCCUCUCAAGCUAGACAUCCCUGAUGAAGGGUGCACUAGACCCAAUAGCACCAUGUACUGCUUUGAAGCCGGUGAAAUUCGAGUGAACGAGCAGUUGGUGCUCACUUGUAUGCACACUCUGAUGGCUCGUGAGCACAACCGAAUUGCCAAAGGUUUGGCUCAGGUUAAUCCUCACUGGGAUGACGAAACGCUGUUCCAAGAAGCUCGUCGCAUUAACAUUGCCGAAAUUCAACACAUUACUUACAACGAGUUUCUUCCGAUUCUUUUGGGCAAAGAUGUGAUGGCUAAGUUUGGUUUGCUGUUGCAGAAAGACGGUUAUUGGGAUGGUUAUGAUCAUAAUGUUAAUCCGAAUGUGAUUGAUGCGUUCGCAGCUGCGGCUUACAGAUUUGGGCACUCGCUUCUUCCAACGGCUGUGGAAAGGUGGAGCAAGGCACACAAAUUUAUUGCCUCCAAACGUCUCUCUGAUUUAAUCCGUCGCCCCUACGACUUAUACCGUGCCGGCGUCUUCGACGAGUACCUCAUGGGUCUGAUGAACCAAGUGGCCCAAGCCAUGGACGACUCCAUCACCCAAGAGGUGACCAACCAUCUGUUCAAAAAAGUCGGCGCUCGGUUCGGUAUGGACUUGGUCAGUCUCAACAUGCAAAGAGGCCGCGAAUUCGGCAUUCCGGGCUACAUGGAAUUCCGGAAAUUCUGCGGCCUGCCCGGAGCCAGCAACUUUGACGAAUUGUUCGGUUCCAUGCCCAACGAAACUGUCCGGAAAUACUCGACCAUUUUUGAGCACCCGAGUGAUGUCGAUUUGUGGUCGGGCGGAGUCUCCGAACGCCCCCUUCCUGGAAGCAUGUUAGGGCCCACUUUUGCCUGCAUUAUCGCCACCCAGUUUAGUUACUCGAGGCGAGGUGACCGCUUCUGGUAUGAACUUCCAAACCAACCCUCAUCUUUCACCCCUGAACAACUCCACGAAGUCAGGAAAGCCAGAUUGGCUCGUAUUAUAUGUGACAACACCGAUUUGAUUGACACCAUACAGUUGUACCCAAUGGUGUUGCCGGACCAUGAAAUUAACCCGAGGGUCCCGUGCCGAAGUGGAGUGAUCCCGAGCAUAGAUUUCAGCAAAUGGGCCGAAUUCCCGCACGCAGGCUUCAAUUCUUUUGACCACGUGUUAGGAAAAAAAUAAUUAAUUGAAAUUAACUUUAUGUACAGAUGCCAUUGUAUUAUUUAUUUUAAAAUAUGCCAAGUGAUAAUCUUGAAAGCAAAUCCACGAACUCACAAUCCGACAAGUUGCAUUAAAAUUCGUGAAACUGAUGGCUAAAUAAUUUUGCAACUUGUUAGAACGGUUCUUAUAAAUUAUUGAAAUUUGCUUCUGAGAUUGUCGGUAGAUAAGGAACCAUUUUUCAGUCAAAACUUACAUCAAAACAUUUUAUUUGUAAAUAGGUCGUUUGCUAGGUCAUGCUAUUGUUUCGUUGUAUUGUGACACCCAUUAUAUUUAUAUACGAGUAUUUUUUGUAUAAAUAAUUAAUUGCAUGAGUAUUCUCACUUAAUUUUCUACCUCCAAAACCGACUCAACCUAUUCUAUUUUUCUUCUUUUUGUAACAGAUGAUGUGGAAUGUAUACCAUAGGAUUAAUGCGCGGAUUUAUUUAGUCAGACAAACUUAUCUAGUACUUAACACUGUCAACAAAGUACACGCACACUAUACUUAAAAGAAAAAACAUUAAAAUUGAUUUUUGUACAUAUUGUUGUAGUAAUUUAUUGAAAACUCAUGUGUAUAUGUGUCUAUAUAUUAAUAUAUUUUUAGAUAAACCA